AUCACGUUUGCGCUUGGCUUUCCGUCUGUGCGUUCUGAGUCGGAUAUUCUGCGAUAUCUUCCGUGGAAAAGUUUGUGCUGUGUGGCCUAAAAAGCUCGUCCCUUCGUUCAUUUGCGUUCAAGUGGUGCUUCGAUACGGUACGGCCAUACGGUACAUCCGGGAUUCGCGAGUGCAGUGCUGUGUGCGAUAAGAUUGUCCAAUCAAUCAGUCUGGGAGUGUUCUGUGUACCCUUUGCUGUGGUGUAGCAUAAUAAUAUAAGCAGUUCCGCGGCUUCGUCCACCAAGUUGCACCGUGUUUGUGGUGAUCGGUUCGGGCAUUGUUUAUCGGUCAGUGUUUUUUUUUCGUUCCCUCGCUCAACGCGAAGAGGUUGGUGUUGCUUUUGUGCUCUGGAAUUCUAUGAUUUACCCCCAUCGGAGGAGUCGAAAAAAUUUACAGCUCUGCUCAGCGGUGCUUUUUCCGGUACCCCGUACCAAGUCUACUAGUGGCAGUGGAGAUAUAAGUGGUUCUAGCACUCGUGACGGCAAGAGUAAAUAAAACCCCGAUUAGACGGACGAAUCGACCUACAACCACCCGAAGUGCGCAAGUGUACGACGAGUGUAGGAAGUGGUGGCAUUAGGCUGCAAAAAUAUAAAGAAAAGAAACGCCACCGACGACGGGCCUUUCCCGGAGUGGAAGGAAUAAAACGAUUCAAGUGUCCGCCACCAGGCAGGCUGCGAUAAAGCACCGGGCAGUGUGUGAGUGAUAACGAAAAAUAAUAAUAAUAAUACCAAAGCACGCGUGUUCGCAGAAGAUCGGUACUAAAGAAAAAAGGCAAACCGGUCACUCUCGGUUGGCUAACAGCAAAACAGCCCAACAACAACAACAACAAACUGAUCAAAAGGAUGGCGGAAGCCGCCGGUCAGCAGAAUAAUAUUGCCGCGACCCAGGCAGUGGCCGGUCCCGGAGCUAACGGGGCCGGUGCCACGCCGGGUGCAAACAACAACGGUGUGGUCAACACUAACCCUAACGCUGAGGUUAUCCGGGGCCAGUUGUUCGAGGUGGGUCCGCGCUACACCCAGCUGGCCUACAUCGGCGAGGGAGCCUACGGGAUGGUCGUAUCUGCAGUGGACACCGUGACAAAAACAAAAGUUGCCAUCAAAAAAAUAUCCCCCUUCGAGCAUCAGACCUACUGCCAGCGAACGCUGCGUGAAAUCAAAAUUCUCACCCGAUUCAGACACGAAAACAUCAUAGACAUAAGAGAUAUCCUACGGGUGCCUAGUAUAGAGCAGAUGAAAGAUGUAUAUAUUGUUCAAUGCUUAAUGGAGACUGAUCUAUACAAACUACUGAAAACACAGAGACUAAGUAACGAUCAUAUCUGCUAUUUCCUGUACCAAAUUCUGCGUGGUCUCAAGUACAUCCAUUCGGCGAACGUCCUGCACCGGGAUCUGAAACCGAGUAAUCUGCUGCUGAAUACGACUUGUGAUUUGAAGAUUUGUGAUUUUGGCCUAGCACGAGUGGCAGAUCCAGAGCACGACCACACUGGCUUCCUGACGGAGUACGUUGCCACCAGAUGGUACCGAGCGCCCGAAAUUAUGCUGAACUCUAAGGGUUACACCAAAUCCAUCGACAUAUGGUCCGUGGGCUGCAUCCUGGCUGAGAUGCUCAGCAACCGGCCAAUCUUCCCCGGCAAGCACUACCUGGAUCAGCUGAACCACAUCCUCGGUGUGCUCGGUUCGCCCUCCCAGGAGGAUCUGGAGUGCAUAAUCAACGAGAAAGCCCGCAGCUAUCUGCAGUCGUUGCCGUACAAGCCGAAAGUACCGUGGUCCCGACUGUUCCCCAAUGCCGACCCGAACGCACUGGACCUGCUCGGCAAGAUGCUGACGUUUAAUCCACACAACCGAAUCUCGGUGGAGGAAGCCCUGGCGCAUCCGUACCUUGAGCAGUACUACGAUCCCGCUGAUGAGCCCGUCGCUGAGGAACCAUUCCGCAUCGCGAUGGAGCUGGACGAUCUUCCGAAGGAGACACUGAAGCGAUUAAUCUUCGAGGAAACGCUACGAUUCAACCACAAUGAUAAUCAUCCGGAUGCGAUGUAAUUUCCUGGCUUUCGGUCGCACCUAGAGUAGCAUUUUCUUACAUCAUUUGUGUACACCGGUCAGUAACGGUGUGUCCCGUCAAGAAAAUUAUCCCCGGCGGCAUUUGGUGCUGUGGAUACUUUUCCCUUCCCCUUUUCCGGUCUACUUUCUACUGGAAUCCGCAUGAGUUUGCGCGCAUACGCUCCAACAUGAAAACGUGCAAAGUGUUGCAUUAUGAUCAUUCUAAUACAAGAGCAAUCUUUCGUUUCGUCUACCCUACCUGAUGGUGGUAAGCAAAGCAUAAACAUACUAAACACCUACCCAUAAGUAGCCUAGCUGGUUAUGAAAUUUGUAAUUUUAUGUAAGUUUUUAAAUGAAAUCUGGAAAAACUGCAAAUUAUUAGUGUAAUGAUGAUUUCUUUCGGUUAAUUUUAGAUCAAUUGAUUUAGGGGGAAAGCCCGAUAGAAUCGAAAUGUAGAGGAUUGUAUUGAUCCCGAGCAAAGGUUUUGCUCAUUGCAAAGAGCAAACUGUAUCCAAUUUAUUUAAGCGAAUUAUUUAGAAACCUGUUUUGUUGGGAGGAAGUACCCCGUAGGAAAUUUUUACGUUAGAUUUUCAAGAAAAAAGUAAAUAUAGGUAAACAAAGAAAAAAGAUAACAUAAUAACAAAUUGUAUAAAAUGUACGUAAACUAAGGAUUCUUAUUUUGAACAUUAGUGCCCAGUUGUGAGGGGAAAAACUUCUCAUCUAUCGUGCAGAAAUCGAAAAUUUCCAUUUGCAUCUUCUAAGGAAACUGUUCAAUUAAACUCAAACAAUCUAAUUCAAAGAAAUGCAGAUGCACUAAUUCAAUAAAUUAUGAACCUUUAAUGCUAGCGUGCUCCAUUGUUUAUGAAAUGUUUGAAAGGUGUAUUUCUUCGAUCCUUUCAUGUACAAAAAAAAAUAUCUCGGGUGAUUCAAUACGUCAUAAUUACUUACAAUGAAGUUAAUUGAUGGAAACUGUAAAUUUGUUUUGUGCGAACAACUUGUUUGCGUUGAUGGGAUGUUUAAAUUAACUGGAGACUAUGAAAACUUUUUAUAGAGCGAAUCUUUUCCAUAAUCUCAUUAUUUGUGUACAUUGCCAUUUACUACAACAGGCAGCUAACAGGUUGGGGUGUAUGAAGAGACGUUUGAAUUGGGUAAUCUCUAUUGAUUGAGAUUUUUUUCUCUCUAUUGUACGAUAUAGGAAACACUUUUUUCAAGUUACUUACUCUACAAGUAGAUCGGAUUAAGCAGCUACUCAGUUGUAGUUAGAAGGGUUCGUGUUCAAGCUGGAUCCAAAGUAUCAUUGAAAUAUUUCCUCAAUAAAAAAUGCGUAAAGUGAACCGUAUAAGAGUACCGUUUUGUUUCUCAACCACUAUUCAAAUUAAACACUAAAAUGACUGUAUUCGAACAUGAUACAUUUCUUCUAAAUUGUAUUCUACUACUUGUAUAGUAAUGUCCUAAUGUAAUUGAAGUUCGCAUAACCAUCCACAGCCUUUCAGACAUUUUUAAUAUUCUUUUAUAGACAUUUCACUAAAAUAUGGUAUACCGGUGCGGUGGCAUUAUUGGACUUUUUUUCGUAGGCCAAAAUGUGGGCACUAUCAAUGACGAUAAAAUGAAGCUUACCAGAGCUUCUUCUCGGUUUAAAUCAUCUUUCAAUCCCGGACCCGACGUAUUCCUUUCGGUGCUUCUGAAUAGGCACAUUGACGUUUUGGUGAUACAGCUAGUUCACAUUUUCCGAGCGACUGUUGUUAGUGACAAUUCACCAUCUUGCUGGAAAUCCGCGAACAUGUUUCCAGUCCAUAAAAAGCGAGACAUCAAUCACUAUCGUGGAAUAACUUCAUUGAACGCUCUCUCGGGCUGGUAAUUACAGAACAACGAUAAACUUGGAUUCACGUCUGGAGGAUUUUGAACUAACGCGACUAAUCUGACGUAUCUAAUACCAUUACACCGACCUAUCUGCCGCCUUUGAAAGAUUGAACUACGAUAUAACGUGACUUGACGUGCGAUGGCGGUAUCGAAUUCGGUGGAGGUUGAUGUUAUUGAUGUCGAUGACGUUAAUAGGAAAGCCGAGACUUCAUGCAGUGGUGUAGACAACACAAGGGCCGUUGUUGAACCUAGCAAGGUAUGCUCGGCGACUGAAGACAGGCGAUAAUGCAGAUCCGCUCGCAACAAAUGACGGUGCUGGCGUGUCAGAAGAUACACUUGGUAGAUUCUAGACACCCGCGGUAACGCAUGCUGACGAGAGGUGGCUUGCUUGGCAAGUUGCUUCGAUAUCGAGUCAGCAGCUAGGUUACUCCAGAGUCACGACCAUAAAUCUUAGCGUAAACGGAAUCGUUCCGGCUGAAGAAUCUCGGUUGUGCGUGGUCUUCUGAUGGUGGGAGUUCGUACCGUUGGGAGACGCAGUAGCUCGGUGCCUAUUUUACGACCAAAUAUGACCACGGAUAGCGUCUUUUGGUCUGGCGGCACCCGGUUGGGCACGUUAACAAGAAUAUGUCUAGCGCUUGCUGUACCGGUCCUCUCCUCUCUCGAUUUUUUUAAACAGCCAUUUUCAAUGUUUGAACAAAUCGUUCUGCUUGGUCAUUUGAUUGUGGAUGAAACGGAGCCGUUGUGAGGUGUUCGACAUUGUUUGAGGCGCAAACAUCUGCGACUAGUAUAACAGGCAUACCCAGCCAAGCAAACAUCACACCGAGAAUGUGGAUGGUUGCCACCAAGGUUAUGCGGAACGUUUGGAUGAUCUCUGGCCACUUGGAGAAGAAAUCAACGGCGAUCAGAUGAUACUCGCCUUCGAUUGGACCGGUUAAUCCUCGUGGACGCGCUGCCAAGAAGCGGUCUGCUAGCGGCCAACCGUGCUGAAAUUGAGAGGCAAAACUUUAACUGUAUGAGAUACUACCGAUCUGAGCAAAGGUUGGUGGUCGGUUUUCAAACGAAAGUGCCGUCCGAAGAGUAUUUUGUGAAACUUCGUCACGGCGAAAACGAUAGUUAAAUCGGCUGGCUAUAGGCUUGUUCAGUUUUCGUGAGUGCUCUGGAAGCAUGUUGGACGAUUUUGAUUGUGCUUAUCCGACCCUGAGGCCAACGGAAGAAGCGUCGGCAGAGAUAAUGACCUUCCGCUUCGGAUCAUGUGUGAAAGGUAGAUCCGAGGAGAGUAUUUGUUUGAAGUUCUCGACCGCUCUCUGGCAUUUCUCGGUCCACUGGAACUUCGCAUCGUCCUUGUUGAGCGGAUAUCGUAACUUGCGCAUAUUGGGAACAAACUUGCCAUAGUAGUUGAUGGCCCCAAAAAAAUUACCGCAGUCCGAAGGGAGGGUGGAGCUUGGAUAUCACUUCGAUUUUGGCCGGAUCUGGACGUAAUCCGCGACUGUCGACAAUAUGACCCGCUUACUGCACUUGCUACUUGCUUAAGGUGCACUUCUCGACUCGAACGGUGAACCCGAAAUCUUGAAUUCGUUUUAGAACUGCCCGUAAAUUGCGAUCGUGGUAUUCUUCAGUUUUUCCACCGACGAUGAUGUCAUCGAGGUGGCCACAGGUGCACUGCAGGACGGCUAGCAUUGUAUCGAUGAGCUGCUUCAACGCACCAAGUGCGAUCUUCACACCCGGCAGGAGGUGGUUGUAGGAGUAGGGGUCACGAUGCGUAUGGUAAACUUUCGGUACUGUCCAUCCAUUUCCACCUGCAAGAAAGAGUCGAACAAAUCGAUCUGGGUGAACACCGUACAGCUAGCCAGCUUGGCGAAGAUGUCGUCCGGCAGGCAAAGUGGAUACUGAUUUGGUUGGAGUGCAGCGUUCAGCCCCGGGGAAUAGUCUCCACAAAUUAGAAUGGAACCAUUGGCUUUACGGACAACGACGAUCGGAGCAGCCCACUCCGAAUAUUCGACCGGGGUAAUGAUGUUAAACUUUUCCAGUGGGUCGAGUUCCUGGUCAACGGCCUCAUACAUCGCGUACGCAACCGGGCUUUUCGGGCUGAAGACGGAUCUAACACUUUUUUUUAGCUCUAACUUCACUUUAGGUUUUUUUGAUUAUAGGGGUUUAGAAAAAUCUUUUAAGAAAAAUUUCUAAUCCUAUGUGCGGGGUUGGGAAUCGAACGCAGCUGAUCUGCGUACAAGAUAAUCGAUUUACCAACUACGCUAUUUCAGAUCACACACGUGCACCAAACACUUGAAUUGCUCUUCUGUGUAGAGUUAAAAAUAAUCGUAGCUCUUUUUUGACGGCUGAAAAUGAACCGACUCGCGGUGAAUGGAAAAAAUAUUCAUUCAAAUAUCCAUGUUAUUCAUUCAGUUGAAUAUCGUACAAUAUUUUCAUUUCCCUAAUUAGGUUCUUUACUGGCACAGUUAACCUCACUUUUCUUGACAGUUUGCUUGUACUGUUUACAUGGACUUAGAAAAAUUUGUGGACGACUAGAUUCGCUCGAAGAAAAUCUUAAAGAAUAUUUCUAAGUUCAUGUAAACAGUACAAGCGAACUGUCCAAAAUGAACACUCAGUUCAUUUGUGACGUCAGCGUAAAGUAUUCAAUUAUCUAUAGGAAAAUGUUUUGAAAAGCCGGUAAAGCAUGUGAAACAAUCAUCAUCGCUUACAUUGUGCCAGGGCCUACUUUGAUGCGUUUGAUUCGAAGCGACCUUCGUGUAAUAAUCGGAGACGAAUGAAAAUCUGCAUGGAUGAAGGGGCGGUUUGUUCUUUUGACGUUUUCAGCUGCGUCACUGAAUAUUGAAAAUGAAUGCGGCUGAAUAUGAUCAAUUUUCAUUCAAUGAAUUUGAAUAUUUUUAACUCUGCUUCUGUGAACUUUCCAUACAAGCCUUGUUUCCACUGUACGCAAACGCCACAUGAUCCUCAGCGGGAUUCUUCGCGAUUUUCAGACAUCGCUAUCGAAGACCGAUAAUCGACUCUUUCGCUCCAAAUAGGCUCUUGAGCUUGUUAACUGUCUGUGCGAAAAUAAAAUGCUUGAGAAACUUUGAUAAAAUGAAAUUAACGUACCUGCCAUGCUCUGCUAAACCCAACUUUUGCAUUAGGAGAUGAAUUUUUGCCUUGUCAGCCAGCCUAGCAGCAUCCUUCUCGAAAAGAUCGUCAUAUCUAGAGUACCAUACUGCGAAAGUGGCAUUACUCUCGAUCUCGUACCAGAAUUCCUAGAUGUGGCUGUCCAAGGAGUCAAGGAUCCGUUCCGGGUUUGGUGGCACACGUUUGUUGACAAUGCAAUAGCACGGAAAAACUGUUGGUGAUGCUCGUCAGACUGUUGCUGCCACUGUGCCAUCAGCUGUUAGUGUUGGAGUUGGCUUUGGGCAAUCGUCUGUAGUAAAGACGCUGGAUAUAUCCAGAGGGAUUCAGCGUCGCUAGUCUGUAGCAUCAUCUGCAUUAUUUGUAUGAUAAUGUUAUUACUGAUCUGGGGUUGUGAUUGGUUGGGCGAAAUGUUUGAAAACAGUUGCUGCUGAGCUACAGAAACGGGAAUGAACGGCUGCUGCUGCUGGUGUGUAGUCACAAUGGGGACGAAAAUUUGCUGCUCCUGGUGAGCCGCCGGUGCGAGAUUAACCUUCCGAUUCAACUGCUGCCGUUGAUUUAACAGUCUCGGGGGGUCAACACCAUUUUGUCCGUUCACCUCACUACCAUUUCGAAUCAACUUUUUCAUACAAGCUUGCAUACAAUGAACCUUUCAUUUCGAGAUGCGCAAUUCCACCCCAGACUAUAUUUAUCAAACACAUUAAAAGCACGGUACAACUUUAUAUAGAAUGAAAACAAACUGAAACUGACAACCUCAAAAAUAAUAAUUCAUUGAUGCGGUUAUCCCGCAUGACACAUUGACAGCUAUACCGCCAAGUUCCCAGUUAAACUCAUUCCGGAACCGGUUCGGAUUUCUGAAUGGAGUCAUCAUGGAUUCCAAAUCAAAUGCAACAACCGAUUCCGACUCAGAAUCGGUUGUUGCAUUUGAUUUGGAAUCCAUACUAACUUCAUUCAGGAUUCCGAAUCAAAUUCCGAAUGGUUUGACCGGGUUCCCAGUUAAACUCAUUCCGGAACCGGUUCGGAUUUCUGAAUGGAGUCAUUAUGGAUUCCGAAUCAAAUGCAACAACCGAUUCCGACUCAGAAUCGGUUGUUGCAUUUGAUUUGGAAUCCAUACUGACUUCAUUCAGGAUUCCGAAUCAAAUUCCGAAUGGUUUGACCGGGUUAGAGCCUAGUGCCGAAUUGAAUACUUUACGGUGACGUCACAAUUGAACUGAGUGUUCAUUUUUGACAGUUCGCUUGUACUGUUUACAUGUACUUUACGAUUUGCUUCGAGCGAAUCUCGUCGUCCACAAAUUUUUCUAAGUCCAUGUAAACAGUACAAGCGAACUGUCAAGAAAAGUGAGGUUAACUGUUUCAGUGAAGAACCUAAUGGAGUAGUAAAUAAUGCACCGAGAUAGGGUUGACCUCAACAAUAUCAAUUACAUUGUAUAUCUGACUUUCUUUCUGAGCACCUGUUACGGGAACAGAGGAUUUGUCAGAAAUUUUAUGAAAAUUUGUUAAAAUCAAAGUUAUCAAAUAUAAAUGUCUUCGGUCUUUAUAAACAAACUUGAAGCUGCUAUAUUGAAAGUGUUUUUGUGCAGGUGACGCUGAGGCCUGGGAUCAAAAUAUGCAAUAUAAAAAUGGAUUUUCUUAUAAAGCAAGACAAACUCUUUUCUACCGACAAAGAUCAGUGCGUGCCCGAAUAGAAAUGUACAGUAACAAAACCAUGAUUUUCACUGUGACAGUACAGUAAUUUUACAAUAAUUUACAGUAAGUUUUAGUGUUAUGCUACAAUAACUUUUAACUUUAACGUUUUUACAGUAAAUUUCAAUAUAAAAUAGACUUUUACAGUGAAAAAGGGGGGUGGUUAUGCAUCUCAACAUUAAAAAAAUCAAUUUUUCAUCAUACAUUGUUUUCUCGAAAACAUUAAAAUUUAAUGUGAAUGCACUAUAUCAGAUUUUUGCUGAACAGUGAAAUUUAUUGUUACAUGGAAUUUUAUUGUAAAUCUACUGUGAGAACUUAGCAUCGAACAAUGUUGAAACAGUAAUAACUAUAAUAUUUAUUGUUUUAUGAUUGUUUGUAGGGUAAAUGCUAUUGUAAAAUUCUAUCCGGGUGGGUCCCAGAUUUUGGUGCCGGAUUAGCAACAUCAUCACAGGAUGCUCCGGGGGGAACUCAUGGUGCCAGAUCAGAGGUUCCUUGCAGUAUCACUUGUUUUCUCAUGUUAAAUUCUUUGAACUGUGUUCGACCAAUACUGGUUUUCUCCGGAAUUUCCCUUCAAGGUGAAGUUUGACAUCAGUUGGAUGAUGACGAUUCUACGUUGGACGACGUCCAAUAAGUGACAUGGGAUGGACGGAUUUGAGACAUUGUCGCCAUGGUCGCCAUGCGAUAAAAUAGUAAAUUUUUCAAUGUGCUGGUUGUAGUUCAAUACUUCGAUGAGUGAUCUCGAAAUGGUGGUUAAGAUAGCCAUUAUUAGAAUUGAAAAAAAAAUGUGCCGAACGUGGGUUGGUUAGGUGUUAAAAUCUUUCCGACCGGCCGGGACAACGGUCGCGUUCUCUUUUGGUUUUCAUUGGCUGCAACGGCAACGGUCAUUUGCGUUUAACUAGGGAGAAAAAGCUUGGUUCAUGUGUUGGAACCUGGAACGAUAUUGAACAAAUUUUAGAACUAAUUGUGCAUGGUUCAGAAUAGCGGUGAGUAAGGUUGCCUCCUCUGGAGAGGCUUUGACCCGGAUAUUUUCACUGACCUGGGGAGGUGGAGGAUUUUGAAUGGAACUAGACGGAGAUAGGAAUCAAAGCGAAUGCUCGACAUUUUAGAGCACAUUAAUCACUAUUACUACGUUACAGUAAAGCUGUAAAAUUUUCACGUUUGAGAACGGUUUUGUCGGUUUAAUCCGGUGUAGUAUUUCGCUUCCCCGACUACGUGCCAAGACUACAAAAGCACCACCUACUCUCGCUGUGGAGGAUAAGUCGAACGAGCAUAGCUCUCCCUCAAAACAAGAAAAGGAGAGCAAAAGGGGCAGGGCUGCUGCAUCACAUGGGAAGCGGUGUCGGUUAUUCAUCACCAGAGGUCACAAAAAAGGGGCAAAACUCACCUCCCUAGCCAACAGUUAAGGGUCGCUACAGGAGCAACAACACGGGAAGAACUCCAUACCUUGGUUCAGCUGGUGAUAAGCACCACUAACAGUGAAGUGAUUUGGUAAAAUUGCAGCAAAAUAACUUUUUUACACCAUUUUGACUUAGUGGGAUGCUACAUUUUAAUUGUAGCAUAUAGCGCAAUAUUACUUUCCUUAAUUUGUAGUAAAUUUGAUUUGUUUUCCAUUUUCAUUGCUUUGUGAAAGAAAUCAGCAAUAUUUGGUGAAUUCAUCUUCGAUACCUUGAAACGAAGGGUUAGUCGGGCAAAAUAAAUCUGAACCAGAGUAAUAGUUAACUUAGACUUUUUAAAUAUUUUGCAAAGAAUCAAUUAAUUUAAAAAAAAAUUAAAUUAUGCUUCUUCCCACCAAACCUAGAGAAAUUGAUGUAAAACCCGGAGAUCGCUCCUGAAAACCGGAGUCUCCGGGUCAAAUCCGAAGGGGUGGCAACCCUAGCGGUGAGAAUCAUUUUGCAUAAACUAUACACUCUACGGAGUGCAUGGUACAAAAGUAGAGAUAUGAAAAAUAUGUUAGAAAAAGAGCGUCACGCAAUCCGAAAUAUGCAUAAACAGGGGCCAUAUUAUGCAACCAAGUCGACACGACUUUUUCAUACAAGCUUGUAUGUAACCUUUCGUUUCAAGAUGUGGUAUAUACCCCCAGUUCAAACAUUUUGAAUUAUUAGUUAAAUUUUAACCUAGCGUGACGAUGAUUCAACCAGAGAAGAGCAAUCUUAGCUGUAGUUUGUUAAAAACACGAAUUCUAUCUUGAUUACCCUUUUUUCUUUAUUUACUGUAAUAUUGAAUGUAAUGUAAACAACAGAACACAUCGGUACCCAUAUUUGACGGCACCCCAAUUUGACUAUGUAAGUGUCUGCGUCAAAGUUUCAGUAAUGUAUAGUUGUCGUGCAUCGAAUAACAACAUUAUCGUUCUUGGUGUUUCAUCCGGUCUCUUUUGCUUUUCUGCACAUUUAACAGACUAUCGUUGCACAAUCAUGUAAUUAUGUACGUCUCAGUGUGAACAGUUUACUAGUUGUAAACUUUUGUUUUUCGCAUAAAUCGAAAACUGUUUCUAAAGAUCGUUACUUUACAAUAGUCGAUUCAAUACGGGAGUCUUAGAAAGAGCGAAUAUCAACUUGAUCAAUAAAACAACGUUUUAAUUGGAAAAAACGUGUACAUAUGAGUAAAGAACGUGAUAUUUGUGACGAAGAACUGCACUACUAUAUUAUUCAUCUGAACAGUAAUGCAUAGUUUAUGAGAAAGACAGAAUGACCUUUGAGGCAGAGAAAACGCAAAAAUACCCCCGUAUUUUCUGGAAAACAUCUAAUUCCAAAUUUUACACCCUCCGACGAGAAGAAUUGUUAAUCAAUCUCGCAGAAUGUAUAUCCAGUGGUAUUCACUAAUUCACAUUUACAAUGAAAUAGGUGAUAAAUCUAAUCUAUGAUGUUGAUAUAAAUGAAACUAGAAUUAGAUUGAUUAGAUAGGGUUAAAAUGUAAAAAGAACUAAUUGAUGCUUGUAACAAAUCUAAUAUGUACUCUUAAGGCACCGGCAGAUGUACUUAUCUCUUGAGAAAAAAAUAGUUGAAACCGAAAUCACAUGUGAAAAAACGCAUUUAAAUAUUAUUAAAUUUUUGAAUGAAUAAUGAAACUAUCAGAAAUAAACGAAUUCUUCGUGCAGUGACCAUACGACUAACGGAUAAUAACGAACAAUUCACGAAAACAUGCUUACAAUCGAGUAGAUCAGUAAACAUUCAAAAUAACAAGUUCAAUCAAUGCUUUGUCCCAGAGCGGUGUAAACUUUGGAAUGCUAGUGUUCGUCUCUAAGCUUAGUAAAAGCAUCACGUUGCAUUAAAUGAACAAAUAUGUAAAAAAUACUCUCUUACAUACAAGCUAAACUGACUGUAAGUGAUUAUGAGUAAUUACUGAAUCAGAAACAAAAGAUCCAUCACCUAGAGAAGCACAGUUCUCUAAACGGAUCUAAAACAUUUAGAUCUCUUUGCACAGAUAUCUACAUUGGGAAACAUCGUUCUGAAAAAAAGUGUUAAUAAUAAAUUUAACAAUAGAUUUUUAGGGUAUAGCUCAACUUAGGCAUUGAAAAUUCAUAACGAGGUUGUGGUCCAUUGAACUUCUGUCCUCUGGCAUCCAUGCUAAAAUGUUACAGCAUUUUAAAAUUAUCAGUGGCAUUCGGAGCACAUUGUAAAGGUCGGGUCAUGCAUGUUUUCUCUGAUUGUUAAUUCGCGUGUGUUACAAUGUGUUAGCGAUUAUUAUAAUAAAUAUCAGUCUGUCUGUAUUUCAUCAAUUGUUUUAUCACAAAGUAAUGCAUGUCAUCUCUAAUCAACAAUAAUAAAAAAAUUAAAUUGUAUGAUAAAUAAUGAAACAACGUUAUUCACAGAGUUGCAGAAUCAGAGAAACCCGAUAGGUUACAUAAUACAAGCUUUAAAAAAAACCUUUAUCAUCUUGUAUGAGAACUGUUUUCUGUAGGAUGAAUGGCGUCAUUCGAUCCACUCUUCCAGUUUUUCCCUUCGAAAAAGAUACAAGACAGCGUACACAGCAUCCUAAUAUUAGGAUUUUGAAUUCAACUACCGUCAACAAUGAAGAAAACGUUAGAAUACUACAAAAAACUAAAAAUGUGGUAAGGAUUAAUAUACACACAUAUUAUGUAUCUGUUACAGAUAGGAAUAAAAACAAAAUGAAAAUCUGUUCAAAAAGAAAUAUGAAUUACAAGGUACAUGAUUAAGUGAGA